CACCACUCCAACCAAAGCUUGUUCAUUGACUUCGCUGUCGAUAUACCAACUUCGAUCAGCCAGCCAGCCUCUUCAAAUCACUCUUCCAGACACAUCUACAGACAGAAUCCAUCACCGGCCCACUACGUCAUGGAUGGCCCUGAUCAGAUAGGCCCCGACUACCGGCCGAAGCGGUCUUGGGGGGACAAGGCCCAUCGCCUCAUCAAAACCUUCACCACCAGAGAGGGCCUCAUCGGCGACUAUGACUACGCCUACCUCUUCACCCCCAACAUCCCCUUCAUCACCAAGACACGCAGCUCGGCUCCGUUCUUCGGCCUCGAAGACCGAGUUCCCGUAGUUCUGGCCCUGCUUCUCGGACUGCAACAUGCCCUCGCCAUGCUGGGUGGCAUUAUCUCCCCCCCCAUCCUCAUCGGCGGCACAUCCGGCGCCAACUUCGCAUCCGGAGACUACGAAUACCUCGUCUCGACCUCGCUCAUCGUCUCCGGCUUCCUCUCCCUCAUCCAGAUGACGCGCUUCCACAUCUACAAAACCAAAUACUACAUCGGCACGGGGCUGAUCUCCGUCGUGGGCAUCUCCUUCGCCACCAUCACCGUCGCCACCGGGUCCUUCGACCAGAUGUACAGCACCGGCUACUGCCCCACGGACGCGGACGGCACCAAGCUGCCCUGCCCGAAAGGCUACGGCGCCCUCCUCGGCACCUCCUGUCUCUGCGCGCUCCUCGAAAUCGGCCUGUCGUUCAUGAGCCCCCGCAUCCUGAAACGCGUCUUCCCGCCCCUGGUCACCGGCCCCACGGUGCUCCUCAUCGGCGCCAGCCUCAUCCAGUCCGCCUUUGAGGACUGGGCCGGCGGUUCUGGCACCUGCGCCGACGACCCGGGCAACGGCGCUCUCUGCCCCAGCGCCGACGCCCCGCACGCCCUGCCCUGGGGCUCCGCCGAAUUCAUCGGCCUCGGCUUCCUGGUAUACGUCUCCAUCAUCAUCUGCGAGCGCUUCGGCGCCCCGAUCAUGCGCUCCUGCGCCGUCGUCGUCGGCCUGCUCGUGGGCUGCAUCGUCGCCGCAGCCUGCGGCUACUUCGACCGGUCCGGCAUCGACGCCGCCCCCGUCGCCUCCUUCAUCUGGGUCAAGACCUUCCCUCUCACCGUCUACCCCCCACUCAUCCUCCCCCUACUAGCCGUCUACAUCGUGGUCAUGAUGGAAUCCAUCGGCGACAUCACCGCAACCUGCGACGUCUCGCAAGUCGAAGUCGAAGGGCCACUCUUCGAUUCGCGAAUCCAAGGCGGCGUCCUCGGCAACGGACUCACCUCCGUGCUGGCCGGCCUCUGCACCAUGACGCCCAUGUCGGUCUUCGCGCAGAACAACGGCGUCGUGGCGCUGACCAAAUGCGCCAACCGCACGGCCGGCUUCUGCUGCUGCUUCUUCCUGGUCAUCAUGGGAAUCUUCACCAAGUUCGCCGCCGCACUCGUCGCCAUCCCGGACUCCGUGCUCGGCGGCAUGACCACCUUCCUUUUCUCGUCCGUCGCUGUCUCCGGCAUCCGCAUCAUCUCCACCGUGCCGUUUACCCGGCGGAACCGGUUCAUUCUCACCGCUGCGUUCGCGGUCGGCAUGGGCGCGACGCUGGUGUCCGACUGGUUCGACUACUUUUUCACCUACAGUGGAAAUAACCGUGGCUUGACGGGGCUGAUCGAUGCCGUGGAGCUGAUCAUGGAGAAUGGCUUCGCCAUUACGGCGCUGUUGGGGUUGAUUCUGAAUUUGAUUCUGCCCGAGGAUCCGGAGGAGGAGACGGCCAUUCUGGAGGCCAGGGGCGUGGUGAGGAGUGUUGCUGAGGAGCCGGCUGAGGGGGAGGGGGGACGGUUUGCGAAGGGGGAGCCGGCGCCUGAGGCGCUCGCUGUUUGAUUGAUUCAUGAGAUUGUAGAUAGAUUGUUUCCCAUUUGGUUUGGUUACAGAUCUGAGGAUCUGGUUUCGUUGGAUACCCGCUGGCUUGGUCAGUAUGAGCGUUGAAUAUAUUGGAUUGGAUUUUUUUAUACAAUUGACGGUGAUUUAUUAUACAUAUACAGUAGUUUAUUAUAC